AGAAGAAGGGGCUUGUGGGUAAUUUUAAGCGGCGCGACGUUGGGAAAGUGACGUCAUUUUCGAGCGACAGGAGAUCAGGAGCGGUUUUGUUUUUGGAGAAUUUGUUACAGAAUGCACUUAGAAAACUGAGCUGUGGGGGUAAAAAAUGACCACACCACGGGUUCUCCCGCAAAGUAAAGAAACUCUUCUGCAGAACUACAACAAGAGACUCAAAGAUGACAUCAGAUCCAUCUUGGACAACUUUACUGAGAUCAUCAAAAUUGCCAAGGUGGAAGAUGAAACACAGGUGUCAAGAGCAACACAAGCGGAGCAGGACCAUUACGAAAUGCACGUCCGAGCUGCCAACAUUGUGCGAGCUGGUGAGUCUUUGAUGAAGUUGGUGUCAGACCUGAAGCAGUUUUUGAUCCUGAAUGAUUUCCCAUCUGUAAACGAGGCCAUUAGCCUGCGCAACCAGCAGCUGCGUGCCCUGCAGGAGGAAUGCGACAAGAAGCUCAUCUCCCUGCGUGAUGAGAUUGCUGUUGACCUGUACGAGCUCGAGGAAGAAUAUUACUCCUCCAGGUACAAAUAGAUCCUCCAGAGAGCCUGUAAUCCUGCAGUCGAGUGUCAUAUACACUCUAUUUUAUACGCACAUAGAUUAUAACACAUACCCUCGUGCCUUAGACGACAUGUUUAGAAGUGUUCAAAAAUUAUGCAAAAGGGCAUUCACAACUAUAGUGCCUUUAAAAUGGAAUAAGAAGAUAAAAGCGGGUUACAUUUUGUAAAGAUGUGAAAAAAGUUGUAAUUUUGUCAUAACAUUUAUUAUAUUUUUCAAGCAGGUUAGUCAAAUGUACUAAAAGGGUAAUCUUGAGAACACCAAAAAUCUUGUACCAAAGUGAAAGAUUGUGUGAAUGUGGGCUUGGAUUCCAUAAAAUAUUAUGCACAUUUCUACAUUUCCUGCAAAUAUAAAUAUAUAGAUAUAGAUAUAAUGUCAGAAGUUUAGAAACAUCUUGUCUUUUAUUGCUUUUAUGACGCAUGCAUAUUCCUUUUGUUUAUAUGCAACACACAAUGUAUUUUAAAAUAUGAAUAUUGACUUUGACCAGAGUAAUAUAUAAAUGUAGAGAUAUUUGUACAAACAUUUAUUAAACAGUUAAAUGUGAUCUUUUUUAAUCCUCCCCUAAAAUGAAUAACAACAUAACACACAUUCAGACAGUUAGUUUCCCCAAACAUUCAGUUAAAAUACUUUGCCAUGCCUUUUGUAAAACUUGCCAAAGGUGUUCUUCAGUUGAAUUUCAAUCUAGAUAUGGAUAUUCUCAUCUGAAAAUCCACUUUAUCCCAGAGCGGUUCAAUAGGAUUUUAGUGCGUGUACUGGGCAGACCAUUCAAUGUUAGACACUUCAGCCGGCUUUUUGCUUUUGAAAUAACCCUCAAAGAGCUAGGACAUCCGCUUUGAAUCAUUGUCUUGUUGUACAGUGAAGUCGGUUCAAAUUAACCACAGUCCAGAUGGAAUUGCAUGGCUAUAGCCAUGUUGCUUCAGUAUUUUUUUUACCGGGGAUAAGUCUCCAACCAUCCCUGCUCCAAAACAAUCCAAAACCAUUAAGCUCUUACCUCCAUGUUUGUCUGAGUGUGAGGCAAACUUCUCUUCUGAAAGCCAGAAAUGUCAAAAUCUCUCCAUAAAACUUUGUUUCAGUAAUUCACUAUACAAAUCUUGUUCGUUUUCACUUUACAGUUUGUUGCAUAAAAGCAAAAGGAAUAUACACGUGUCUCAAAAUGAUACAAGCUAGGUAUUUUCAGAUUUUUUUAAAGCACUGUACAUAAGCGUUAAUAAAAAAAACAUCAAAUAAUGUUUGUAAUCUCAAAAUUUAGUGUUAAAUUAAAUUUAGAGAAAUUGGAAAAAAAAAAUAAAGCACUGAUUUAAGAAGCAGCUAAACUCACAGAUCAGACCCAUGUUAGAACUUGGGUUAAUAGUCUAAUAAGCAUGCUGGAUUGGUUUUACACCCAAAUUGAAGUGUCCAUGACCAGUCACAGUUUAUGAUCUUUGUCAUGAAAAUACCAAUAAAUGCACUGUGUACAAGUAAA